GAGGAGACAGCCUUGGGUGAUGCUCGCCACCUCCGGGGUGGGGAAAGCGCACGACCUCCUGGUCCCUGGAGCCUGCCGGCGCGUUUAGCGAGCGCAGAGCAAUGGAGGCCUCCUGGCUGGAAACGCGAUGGGCGCGGCCCUUAUACCUGGCGUUCGUGUUCUGCCUGGCCCUGGGUCUGCUGCAGGCCAUCAAACUCUACCUACGGAGGCAGCGACUGCUGCGAGACCUACGCCUCUUCCCGGCGCCUCCCACCCACUGGUUCUACGGGCACCAGAAGUUUCUUCAGGAAGAUAAAAUGGAGAAACUUGAGGAGACUGUUGAAAAAUAUCCUUGUGCCUUCCCUUGCUGGGUUGGACCCUUUCAGGCAUUUUUCUUUAUCUAUGACCCAGACUAUGCAAAGACAUUUCUGAGCAGAACAGACCCCAAGUCCCAGUACCCGUACAGGUUCCUGACUCCAUGUCUUGGAAAAGGACUCCUGAAUCUAGAAGGGCCCAAGUGGUUCCAGCAUCGUCGCCUACUGACUCCUGGCUUCCAUUGUGAUAUCCUGAAAACACAUGUUGAUGUGAUGGUCCAUUCUGUGAACACGAUGUUGGCUAAGUGGGAGAAGAUUUGCUGCACUCAGGACACAGUCGUGGAUGUUUUUGAACACAUCAACUUGAUGGCCCUGGACAUCAUCAUGAAAUGUGCUUUCAGUCAGGAAACCAACUGCCAGAUAAAUGGCACCCUUGAUCCUUAUGUGAAAGCAACUUUCGAAAUUGGCAAAAUCAUAUUUUAUCGCUUGUACAAUUUCUGGUAUCACCAUGACAUAAUUUUCAAAUUCAGCCCUAAUGGUCACCGCUUCCAAGAGUUAAGCAAAGUUCUACAUCAACACACAGAAAAGGUAAUCCAGGACAGAAAGAACUCCCUCAAGGCUGGAAUGAAGCAGGAUAACACUCAAAAGAAAAAGUACCAGGAUUUCCUGGAUAUUAUCCUUUCUGCCCAGGCUGAAAAUGAAGAUAGCUUCUCCCAUGCUGACCUGUGGUCGGAGGUGAACACACUCAUGUUGGCUGGGCAUGACACCUCGGCCGUGAGCCUCUCCUGGCUCCUCUACUGCCUGGCUCUGAAUCCUGAGCAUCAGGAGAGAUGUCGUGAGGAGAUCAGGAGCAUCGUCGGGGACGGGUCUUCCAUCUCUUGGGACCAGCUGAGUGAGAUGUCAUACACCACAAUGUGCAUCAUGGAGAUGUUCCGAUUGAUUCCUCCAGUCCCGUCCAUUUCCAGAGAACUCAGCAAGCCCCUUACCUUCCCAGAUGGACGCUCCUUGCCUGCAGGAAUGACCGUGGUUCUCAGUAUUUGGGGUCUUCACCACAACCCUGCUGUCUGGAAAAGCCCAAAGAUCUUUGACCCACUGAGAUUUACCAAGGAGAAUUCUGAUCAGAGACACCCUUAUGCCUUCUUACCAUUCUCAUCUGGACCAAGGAACUGCAUCGGGCAGCAGUUUGCCAUGCUGGAGUUAAAGGUGGCCAUUGCCUUGAUUCUGCUCCGCUUCAAAGUGACUCCAGACCUCACCAGACCUCCUGCCUUCUCAGACCACAUUAUCCUCAAACCCAAGCAUGGAAUCCAUUUGCACCUGAAGAAAUUCCCCGUGUGUUAGAUCCACAAUAUAAUGACUAUAUAUACUUUGUUUCAUUUCAGGUAAUGCCUAAUACUGUUUUUUGUUUGUUUGUUUGUUUGAUUCCAAUUAUCACUAAUGCUAUAUAUCAAGCACUUUGCUAAGUGACUUCCAAACAUUUUCUGUUGUUUUUAAAAAUUUUUUUAGAAUUACAUGAUAGGGGAAUAUAUAAAUGUUUGUUGUAAAACAAAUUUAACAUUAGAAAAGCUUGUAGAAUAAAUUAAAAAUUCCACUUUAUCUAACUCAUACUGCAUGCCAUGACCAAUCCUACUACCUUUUAAAAACAGAAUAACUUGGUGUGUAUUCUUCCAUAUUUUUCCUAUACUUUUCAUAUAUAUACAUCUAGGAAUGUAUUCUUAUAAAUGGGUUCAUAUCA